CCAAGACAAAUAGGACAAGAAUGCUUACUAAGAAAGCCGGAGCACGUUGCAAAGGUUCAACAAGAAAAGUUUUCAAAACAUGUGCAAUCUGGGAGAACAGUAGAUUGUGGCAUUUUUAAUAUCAAGCAGAUCGUAUUCUGAGGAUUAAAUUCAGGAUCUAACCAUUCUAAUGAGGUAAAAGAAUAUUUGUCAAUCUUUUCUUGCCUGAGAACUGAAGGAUUAAGAAGGCAAAAACAGAGGAAACAGAAUAUGGAGAAACAACACGAAUCGAAGCGGAAUCGAUUGGUGUUAGUUAUGUAUCCACUUCAAGGGCACAUGAAUCCGAUACUUGAUCUUGCUAGUGUUCUUCACUCCAGGGGGUUCUCCAUCACAGUUGCUCAUACCACUCUCAACCCUCCUGAUCCUGCCAGUUUCCCUGAUUUUACGUUCCUGCCGAUUUCGGAUGGAAUCUCAACCUGGGAUAUUUCCCCAUCGAAUCUUGUAAAUCUAGCAUACACCAUCAACAGAAACUGCGCAGCUCCGUUCAAGGGAUGCUUGAGUCAGAUCAUACAUCAGGAGGAACAACACGGGCGGGUUGUUUGCGUUAUCUAUGAUUUUCUCAUGCAUUUUGCGGAGACAGCGGCAAACGAAUUCAAUCUCCCGAGCAUCAUUUUCAGGACUAGUAACGCCGCCGCGUUGCUAGCCUUCUGUACCAUGGCUGAACUUAGUGCACAGGGCCAGGAUUUCAUCGCACGAGACUCUCCAUCAGAUGACUUAGUUCCAGGACUAUUCCCAUUAAGGUUCAAAGAUCUGCCUAUUUCCAGUAUGGGAAGCUUAGAGAAAUUCUCUCAACUCCUUGCAGUUGUAUGCAGCUCGAGAUCAUCAUCAGCAAUCAUUUUCAACACGACGGAUUGCCUGGAAAAUUUUCCAUUGACACAGCUACGGCGACACUAUCAGAUCCCUUUUUUCCACUUAGGCCCAUUGCACAGAAUGGCUCCUAAAAAACCAACCAAUUUAGUCAAGGACAAAAACAACUGCAUAAAAUGGUUGGAAAAGCAAGCUAGAAACUCUGUCAUUUAUGUCAGCUUGGGAAGCAUUGCCACCAUGGAUGAGAAAGAUCUAACCGAAAUGGCCUGGGGACUCGCGCUUAGCGAGCAACCAUUCCUGUGGGUUAUCCGGACUUGUGAGUCAGAGAAGAAACAAUUACCAGAAGGAUUCCAUGAACUUGUCGGAGAAAGAGGUUGCGUUGUAGAAUGGGCGCAUCAAAUAGAGGUAUUAUCGCACCCUGCGGUGGGAGCAUUUUUCACACAUUGCGGGUGGAACUCGACAUUGGAGAGUAUAUGUGAAGGAGUGCCAAUGAUAUGCAAGCCGUAUUUUGCAGACCAAACCGUAAAUGCAAGAUACCUGACUCAUGAAUGGGGCUUAGGCAUUGAAUUGGGAAAUGUCAUCCAGAGAACAGAGAUUGAAAAAGCUGUAAGACGAAUUCUAGUGGAAAAUGAAGGUGUAGAAAUGAGACAGAAAGCAAUCUCUCUCAGGGAACAAAUCAAGAAAUGCAUAAAGGAAGGUGGUUGUGCGAACAACUCUCUGAAUGAGUUUGUGCAGUUCUUAUCAUCCUUUUCAGAGCUCUAAAGGCUUUCCCGUUUUGUGAGGGGCGGAGAGGGACAUUUUUGUACAUAACCUUACCUUAAUAUAUGUUUCCAAACCACUAUUUCCGUCUUAUCGGCCGACCUUGCCGUCGGCGAAUUUUUCCAAAAAAAAACCUUAAAUCUUUUAAAAUAAUUUGGGAAGUUUUUUUAGUUUUUUUACAUGUAUUCAACUCUAUGAAUCUUCGGGGCCAAUUUGGUCACUGCUGGUAUACCAUCUC